AUAAGGGAAGAAAGAAAAAAAAGACCGAAAGAAGAAAGGAAGAGGAGGGGGAGGACGAGAAGAAACCUCAUGGGUGACUUACUAGUCAUACGACCAGGCAGCCUCGAAGCCUUAUUGCGAGCUCCUCCCCCUAAUCCUGUGACGUACACUGCUGUUUUUGUCACACUUCCUCGCUUGCUUGCCUGGGUUUCAUCUUAGAAAUCCCACUCCAGCGCAUCUCAUUUCAUCCUGUGUAGAGAUUCAUGGCUCCAUAGACACAGACACUUGCCCUUCGUCACUGCCGAUUCUUCCUUCUUUUGUCGUCACCCCUCACUGCUGCCUUUUGGAGUGGGAGAACGAGAUGUGGGAGGAUGCGCAUGUGCCGACAAGCAUGUGUCUUUCUGUCUGUGUGUGUGUGUAAUUUGAGGGUGUAAGGGUGUGUGGGUGUUGAGAGGGGUGGGUGGUUUAGGGGAGAGAUCGAGGGUUGUGAGCAGAUUGUGGUUUAGGCUUGAGUGGCACGCAGUGGUAGUGCCCGAGUGGUGGUGAUGGUAUUGGUCAUCGUGGUCGCGUAAAAGAAGAAGACAAGGUGACAAUUUUGGUCCUCCUCCCUUCCUUGCUACUCCUCGAAGAGUAUUUCCUACUGAGUUGAGACAUGGAGUCUGAGGACGAAAUGCAAGAUGCAUGGGCUGGUACAUCAGAUGGUGAGUUUGUAAACGAAGAGGAAGAUGAGGAAUCAGAUGCUUUAGCUAGUGAUGACGACAAUGAUGAAUCGGAUUAUGGUUUUGAUUACUCGAACGUGGACGACCUUCACCCUAGUUCUCGGCUACCCCAGACUAACUUCACAAUCCUUAGUGAGAAAGAUAUACGGCAACGACAAGACGAAGCCGUAUCAACUAUCACUAAUUUCUUGUCUAUAUCUCCAGCGGAUGCCGGGGUUCUGCUUCGGCACUUUAAGUGGAGUGUGAGUAAAGUGAAUGACGAGUGGUUUGCGGAUGAGGAACGAGUGCGCGCAAGCGUCGGUUUACUGGAGAAACCCGCUACCAGCAAAAGACAAACUCAAACAGAGAUGACUUGCGAGAUAUGUUUUGAGGUGCAUCCGUUUGAAAAAAUGAGGGCACCUAGAUGCGGUCACUAUUUCUGUGAGACCUGUUGGACAGGUUACAUACACACAGCUAUUAAUGAUGGGCCUGGAUGUUUGACUCUUCGAUGUGCGGAUCCAUCCUGUGGCUCAGCCAUUGGAGAAGAUAUGGUACUAAGUUUAGUCUCGACGGAUGAUCAACAGAAGUACAUGCGUUAUCUAUUAAGAUCUUACGUGGAGGACAACCGAAAGCAGGUCAAGUGGUGCCCAGCACCUGGCUGUGAAUAUGCUGUGGAAUUUCAACCUGGCGUUGGUUCCUAUGACCUUGUCUGCAAGUGUGGAUUUAACUUCUGCUGGAAUUGUCGAGAAGAGGCACACCGGCCCGUGGAUUGUGAGACAGUCAAUAAAUGGAUAUUGAAAAAUUGUGCAGAGUCGGAGAACAUGAACUGGAUUCUUGCGAACAGCAAACCCUGUCCCAAAUGUAAAAGGCCAAUCGAAAAGAAUCAAGGCUGCAUGCACAUUACUUGCACACCACCUUGCAAAUUUGAGUUUUGCUGGCUUUGCCUUGGAGCAUGGACUGAUCAUGGGGAAAGGACGGGUGGUUUCUAUGCAUGCAAUCGGUAUGAAACCGCGAAGCAAGAAGGCGUGUAUGAUGAAGCAGAGCGGAGAAGGGAAAUGGCGAAGAACUCCCUUGAACGUUACACACACUAUUAUGAGCGUUGGGCUACAAACGAAUCUUCCAGGGCAAAGGCGCUUGCAGAUCUUCAAGAUAUGCAGAACGUGCAGAUUGAAAAGCUGAGCGUCACUCAAUGCCAACCAGUGUCGCAGCUGAAAUUUGUAACAGAUGCAUGGCUCCAGAUUGUAGAAUGCCGGCGUGUAUUGAAGUGGACAUAUGCUUAUGGAUAUUACUUACCUGAGAAUGAGCACACGAAAAGACAAUUCUUUGAAUACUCGCAAGGUGAGGCCGAAGCUGGUUUAGAGCGCCUCCACCAGUGUGCGGAGAAGGAUUUGCUAACCUUUCUUGGAGGCACUCCAACCAGCUCAUUCAAUGACUUCCGCACCAAGCUUGCUGGCCUGACCAGUGUGACAAAGACAUACUUCGAGAACCUGGUUCGCGCCCUAGAGAACAAUCUUUCGGACGUGGAUAUUCCAAAAGCAGCUGCUAAGUCCAGCAGCAGCUCGAAGGCUUCAGGAAGUUCCAAAGGGCGAGGGGGCAGGCCUAAAGUGGGAAGUUCCAAAAGUGGGGGUUCUAGUCGGAGCGGAGAGGAGUCAACUCACUGGUCUUGUGAGCAUUGCACGUACGCCAAUACCACAGCCGCGUCUUCCAUUGUGUGCGUCAUAUGCAAUCACGCUCGAUCGUGAUGUAAAUUCUCGCUUCAGUAUCUCUUUCCCGACUGAGCUUGUCAGUUCUCCUAACACUCCAGAUCCUUCAAAUUUGCUAUGUCAUUGUUGAUCCAGUCCAGGAUCAAAGACCACUGUAUUCAGAUAUGGUGGUUGAAGGCAUUUCUGCUUUGUUUAAGGCUAUUCAUAGAAGUUAAUCACAAUGUUGACAGUUAAAUCCUUGCGUCAGGCAUCUGGGUAUUGUUGAUAUCAGUUGUCCAUCCCCUAAAUUUUUUGUUGUAUACAAUCUAGCCAACAAAGUGGGUGAAAAUGAAGAACGGAGGGAUUUUAUGUAUCGAGACCUUGUGGUGCACAAUUUGCAACGGCAGUCUAUCUAGUUGCGAUGUACCACAUCUGUCUCUAUCUACUGUAAAUGUGGUAGUUGUAAAAGCGUACUCCAAAACAGAAUUCCCCAAAGUUGAUACAUCGCUUUAUGAAAUGUGACGAGGAUGGUGAACUUUCCCGGAAAGGAGAUGUACAUAGUUCGUUUGGCAGAUUACUGUUGAGUACAAGUCUGCCUAUUACUUUAUUUUCACUUGACCUGCUACAUCAGUCACUUAAAUUUGAAAUGGAUAUAUUUGUCA